AUGAGAGCUGUUGUUCAACGCGUCGCAUCGGCCUCGGUAUCAGUCGACGGAGAUGUGAUCUCAAGCAUAUCCCGAGGACUGAUGGUCUUAGUUGGAAUCGGUAUUGCGUAUCCUCGGCCCUUGUCCUCCGCACUGACCACUAGCAAUAGACUUAACAUCCGCGUUUUUGAUGCGAAUGGUUCAAUGUGGAAGUCCAACGUCAAGGACAUCGCUGGCCAGGUUCUCUGCGUCUCCCAGUUCACGCUGAUGGCGAACACUACCAAAGGCAACAAACCUGAUUUUCACCGUGCGAUGUCCUCGAAUGCCUCCAGAGAACUGUAUGCAACGUUUCUCGAGAAAAUGCGGCGUCUGUACGUGCCGGAUCGAAUACAAGACGGGCAAUUCGGUGCUAUGAUGGAUGUAUCGUUGACAAACGAGGGACCUGUUACUCUGACGUUGGAUACUCGGAAGUUUGAGUAUGUUGCCGUUUCAGGGGGUACAAACAAGAAAUCGAGUGAGAACCGCAAUAAAGAG